UUUUGAUUUUUAGUUCUUAUAGCUUUUAGAAACUCACAAUCAUUUCUACUUAUCAUUUGGACGUCGAUUAUGUAUUUUUUAGAGUACUUCAUUGAGUGAACAGGCAGUAUGAUAUUGUGAACGACAUGAUAAGUGUCUCAUUUCGUUUUCUCCUGUUCUUCACUGAAAAAAUUCACAUGGAUCCCUCCUUGUCUACAGCUGGAUCUUCCUACCGCGUGGCAAGACUUCCAUUUAAAGGAAUACAUUUCUUGAGAGCAACCUCAAAAGAUGACACUUCGUCUCGGCGUAAAGAAUCAAAAUCUAAGGAGUUCCAUUUCGAAAACAGCACAAAGGCAGGUCUAGUUGCAAGAGACUUUUAUGAGAGUGUCAUAUCAACAACACCAACGUCAACAAGGUCUCCAACUCAAAACAAGAAGGGUCACUUAAUAUCUGAACAGAGUGACCCCAAGUUAAUAAAGAAAAACACACCCAAGCCAGUGAGCAGCCAAAGGCAGUCUGAGAGAGUUCAAACGAGAAAUAAACAUCAGUUCUUACGCAGUGCACAAGAAGGGGAUGUCAAAGCAGUUGAGUCGUUGUUGUGUGAGGGCAGUGUUGAUAUCAACGACGUUGAUGACUUUGCUUGGACAGCAUUAAUGUGUGCCAGUUACAGUGGUCAGAGGAACGUUGUGUCGCUAUUACUCAGGAAAGGUGCAUUGUGGGAAAAUAAUCGCAACAAAAGCGGUCAGACUGCGUUGGAUCUUGCCCGGAGAGCUGGCCAUCUUAAUAUUGUUGGAAUGCUUGAAGGAAUUGAGUCAAUGGGGACCAGUAAAGGUAACCAAACGGAAAAACAAGCCAAGUUUGCAAAGUCCUGGUGUGACAUCUGCCGCCUUGAGUAUCGCAAACACGAAUCUAGACGACACCAGCACAAAUCUUCGACUGUGCACCAGUUUAACUGUCAGCAUAAACCGACGUCGACAAUGUACUACAUUCCAGAAAGCAAUGUGGGAUUCCAGCUAAUGAUGAAAGAAGGCUGGGACAAAGAAAAGGGUCUGGGAAGAGAUGGUGCGGGCCAAAAAUUCCCGGUCAAAACGAUAUUGAAGAGAGAUCGCAAAGGACUUGGUGCGGCUGACAGGGAGGAUGAAGCUUCCAAAGCAAGGGUGACUCACUUCAAGCCUUUUGAUGUUCAGGCAGUGAAACGGCCUCGACAACGAGAGGAAAAGAAAGUAAUGAAAGUUAACACUCUUAAUAAACGCCAGAAGAAACAAUCUCAUAAGAAAGAGAAAGACUGGGAGCGGGAUUUCAGACAAUCUUUUCAUCUCAGUUUGUGAAGUGUUUGCCAGUUAUGUCUAGGACGAUAACAAUAUUGUUAUUCAUGUUUAUUGUCAAAGACCAGGGUGGAUUUUACAAUGAGUAAAGACUAGUCUUAUCUCGAGUUA